AUGUUCAAAUAUGCAUCCAAACCAAAAUCUUCGCCCAAGAAAGCUGAUCAGAAAGAGAGUGCGCCUAAACCGUCCGGAUUGAAACAACCCGAAGUGAGGAGCAAUCUGAGGGUGUCGAACAGCAAGUCCGCCACUGAGGCAAAGAAAAUUGAUACGGCAAGUAGUGAAGAGGAAGAGGAAGAGGAGGAAGAAGAGGGUGAGGUUGUGAUGCCACGAAAACGACGUAUUAUUUCUGAAAUUACCGUUUCAUCGACAUAA